CCGACCUGGAGAACAAUCCAAACUUCCAAGACCACGCACACCGACCCACGCAGCGCUCUGCUGUACAUGAACCACUCAUGUAACGGACAUCCUCUUGAAUAUGGCCUCGCCGGCGAGAUUAAAGUCUCUCGGGACCGCGGCGUCGAGCCGGGCGAACCAUUGACUUUCUUCUAUCCCAGCACGGAAUGGAAGUUUGACCGUUCCUUCGACUGUCUUUGCGGUGCUGGAAAGGGUGUCUGCGUGGGCAACGUGCAAGGCGCCUCUGCUAUCGACUACAAGUCUCUGGAUCGCUGGUUCAUCAACGAGCAUAUCUGGCAAAUGGCGAGAGAGCGA